AUGAAUAAAGAAAGAUUUUAUUUAACUUUGCUCAGCAAUAGUUCAAUGGAAUACUUUCCUGAUAACAAGACCACAAAUUUUUCAACGAAAUUACCGAAAGCUAUUAAAUUAGAAGGUGAAUGGUCGGUUGGAGUUGUCGAGUUUCAAUAUCCAUGUACCAUGUUUACUGUUCAAGAUCAUGAAAAUGUUAUAUACAUUACAAAAUCUAUGUUAAUGCCUUAUGAAGAUAAACCAUCCACAGUGUACUACAAAAAACAUAUUCCAGCUACCAACUAUGAUAACGUUGAGCAUAUUUUAAGAGUGUUAAAUGGUAUCGGAGAGAACUUGAAAUUUCGCUAUGAUGAAAUAACAAAAUUUGUGUAUAUUUCUGUUUUGGAUAAAAAUAUAACAUCCGUAACAUUAUCACUCAAAUUAAGUUUACAACUAGGUUAUGAACCAAAUAAAAAUCUCCUAGAGAGAAAUUUUGGAAAGUUUCCUGCUAAUUUACACUUAGGGUUACCAUCUCAACUAUUUCUAUAUUGCGACAUUAUCAAUCCUCAGAUUCUGGGUGAUGUUAUGACUCCUUUACUAAGAGUCAUUUCAUUAGAUCCUACAAAAUACAUUUAUGGUGCAAAUAAAAUGCACGUUUUCUCUCAACCUCACUACUUACCUGUUAUGCGAAGAGAGUUCGAUACGCUGGAAAUAGUUAUAAGAUCGAGCACAGGACAAAAAAUACCAUUCCAGUUUGGAACCGUGUGUAUUAAACUACAUUUCCGAAAAUUAUAA